AUGGUUAAUGAGGUGACAAGUUGUAAACAACCUAUUUUUUUCGUCUUGGGCGCUACUGGAAGCGGGAAGUCUCUAGCUGCGGUAGAUAUUGCAACGACGCUUAAGAGUUCUUGCGGGUAUGAGCAUGUGGUAAUUAUUAACUGUGAUGUGAUGCAGUUUUACAUGGAUCUUCCUAUUGCAACAAAUAAAGUUUCCUUAAAUGAAAUGCAGGGUAUUUCUCAUUAUUUUAUGGGGUUCCUUUCUCCCAAAGGGGUAAAGAUUCGAGAUCCUACCAUUCCAUAUGAAGGAUGCGAUAAAAAAAACUCUGAGGUUUUAGAGGAAUCAAAAGAAGAGGAAAUAUAUAAUAUUCAUUCAUAUGUACAUGAUGUUGUAGAGUUUAUUAAUAAAUUUUUUCAGAAUAAUUCGUCUGCGGCUGUUAUUGUUUGUGGUGGAACAUGUUAUUACAUACAAGCCCUUAUGUUUGAGAACGUUUUGACUGAAGAAGAUGCUGAUGACUCCGUAGCUUUGGAUUCAAAUGCAAACUCUUCUAUUUGUGAAGAAAAAUUUGAGGGGUAUGAUUUGUGGAAAGAACUCAACAAAAUAGAUCCAUCUGUAGCUAUUCGGUACCACCCUAACGAUAAAAGACGUAUUGUUCGCCUUCUUGAAAUUUAUAAAAAAACGGGGCGAUUACCUUCAGAAAUAUAUGGGUCUCGUCCUAGUCCUUGUUUUCGGUUUUCUCCGAUGAAUUGUUUUGUUUUAUGGCCGCGUGUGAAUUUUGAAAAGUUAAAAUUAAUGCUGGAUGAAAGGGUUGAUAAGAUGGUUGAAAAAGGCAUUGUUGAGGAGUGUCUUGAAUUUGCUCAACAACACGUAAAAGCUGAUCCUGAUACUGGUUUGGCUAGGGCUAUUGGUUUUAAAGAGUUUAUUCCUGCCUUUGAAGAGAAAAAUGGUGUAACAUGUAUAAAAGGAGAGAAUGAAUUAAAAAAAUCAAUUGAACAAAUAAAAAUUAAUACGAAACGUUACGCUCGUCAACAGAUUCAGUGGAUAACAAAUCGUUUUCUUGGACGUUUUCGAGAAGUUUUUAUUUCUGCUCAGGGUAUUGAUAAAUUUAUUUCUCUGGACGUAUCAGACACAGUUCUGGAAUUUCGUGAAAAAGUUAAAAAAGUGACGCGUUUUUGGAUUAUGUCUGAGAAUGGAAGUAUUGAAAACAUAAUAUUUCCAUUAAAAGAACCCAGAGACAAAAUAACAGCGGUUAAACAGGAAUGGUGUGAAAUGUGUGGAAUGUUUGUUAGUGGAGGAGUUCAAAUGGAUGCCCAUAUAUUGUCGAAACGACAUCGUGGCGCUAUUAGACACGCUGCAUUAGUAAAGGAGCAACUAGAAAAAUAUGGGCGCAUUAUUCCACGUAAAAAGCCUCGCUUAUCUUAA